ACUAAAAAAAAAUUGUCUAUGAACAAGAUGUCUUCCUGACCAAACUCUUUACUCUCUGCUUAGCUACCUACUUUGUGAUUUUUUGAUGUGAAACAACCAUUUUAAAACAAGUGUUAUUCGUUUGUACAUAGUAAUUUUAUUGUGAAUUGUGAUUGACCAGUAAAAGUACAGAAAUUUUAUUAAUUCUUAUAAUAGAACCUCAGAUUCAUAGCUCAAAAUAAAUACAUUGUGGCUUUAGUCAUGAGGAUUGCAGUGUUUACCACCACAGUGUUCGGUAGUUAUUCAGUGCCUUUAGCCCAAUUAUGGCUUGUUACACCGUCGAAAAUGAUUUGAACUAUAAUAAUACUACAGAUUUGACCGAUGAAACUUCUAUCGUAGAUGAUUUGACCAUAGUUCCAUUGGAAAAGAAUAGUUUUGCAAUAUGUGAAUUAUGUGGUCGCGUUGGGCGUCGUGACCAUUUUUAUACUCGAAAUAAUAGAUUUUGCAAUCUGCGAUGUUAUGUUAGUGCAACUAGACGUCGGCACUGUAAUUGGCGAUUCAAGAUUAUGGAAGGAGCUGAACAUAUGGCUGGUCUGAUACCCCUCGAACCAUUGCCUCAGCUGCACCAAUGGCAAGCUGCUUUGAAUGACUUACAGGCUGGCCCUAUCAAGCAGUCAGCAGCUUUAGUGGCCAAUAGCUAUGAAUGGAAGGAUGAGUUGUUUGGCUGUGACUUCUUGGCAGCUCCGGUCAGCCUGUUCAAACAUGCCCCACUGCAUGAGAUGUGGGACAACACCUUCGAGGGCAUGAAGGUUGAGGUGAAAAACACAGACUGUGGAAAUAGUACUGAGAAACUCAGUGACUAUUUUUGGGUAGCCACAGUAUUGAAAGUAAAAGGCUACAUGGGCCUGUUGCGGUAUGAAGGUUUUGGAAGCGAUGACUCGAAGGACUUCUGGGUUAACUUAUGCUGCUCCGAGGUUCAUCCUGUCGGGUGGUGUGCAACUCGCGGCAAGCCACUCAUUCCGCCUUGCACUAUAGAAGAUAAAUAUACAGAUUGGAAAAAGUUUUUAGUAAAGCAGCUAACAGGUGCUAGGACAUUACCUGCAAAUUUUUACACAAAAUUAAAUGAUAGCCUAGUAUCAAGGUUUUCUAUUGGGUCUAUUAUGGAGGUAGUUGAUAAAAAUAGAAUCUCUCAAGUUAAGGUAGCAAGUGUAUGUGAAAUAGUUGGUAAGAGGUUGCAUGUUAAAUACUAUGAUAGUUCUCCAGAAGACAAUGGUUUUUGGUGUCACGAAGACUCACCAUUGAUACACCCAGUUGGCUGGGCUUUCCGUGUUGGCCAUCCUCUUGACGCCCCACAAAGUUAUUGCCAAAGGGUGGCUGCGGGAAGAUUUAUAUCUAAUGACACAACACCAGAGAUGUUCUACAAGUAUCCAACGAAUGAGCCACCUCUGUUUUCUGAAGGAAUGAAAUUGGAAGCGAUAGACCCAUUGAAUUUGUCAGCAGUGUGUGCUGCUACUGUAAUGCAGAUAUUGAAUGAAGGCUACAUGAUGAUUCGAAUAGACUGCUACCCGGCUGACGUAUCUGGUGCAGACUGGUUCUGCUAUCAUCAGAGAUCUCCGUGCAUAUUUCCCGUCGGCUUCGCGUUGGCGAAUAACAUUCCACUAGUGCCUCCUAAUGGGUAUACCGCCGACGAGUUCGGCUGGGAACAGUACCUAGCCCUGACAGGCAGUAGGGCGGCCAGUCGGACGCUGUUCGCGGCGCGCGGUCACGUGGUGUCGCACGGGUUCGUGGCCGGCAUGCGGCUCGAGUGCGCCGACCUGAUGGAUCCGAGACUGGUCUGCGUGGCUACCAUCGCUAGAGUUGUCGCUGAUCUUCUGAAGGUCCACUUCGACGGCUGGGGCACAGAAUACGACCAGUGGCUGUGGGCGCACAGCACAGAUAUGUACCCGGUUGGCUGGUGCCGCGCCGUGGGCCACCGCUUGGAGGGUCCCUUGCAGCCAGCGCCGCGCUGCGUUCGCAAGAUGCCUCCCAAGCAGCCGCGCAGGAAGCGCCGCCAGCCAGCUGCGAAACCAGUGGUACAACCACCGAACACGACCGAAGAAAGCUCCCAGAACUCAGACAUGGGCGAUACAAAGAGCCUGUCACCCCCCACUAGUGUGUCCGAGAUAUCAGCGGAUACGGAACCGCGGGCUGAUACGGAAUCCAGCAAAAUGGAUGUCGACAACGAUUCGAAGAAUGGACUGGAGCCGAUUGAAGAACGACUCUCGGAUAUUGUUAACCUAGAUUCGACAAGCUCACCUACGGAUUAUUCGCAAGAAUCCAGCCAAGCGGCGCUUCAGCCUUCGCCCGAAGCAGCGCCGAUCCCAGUCGAAGCUGACGACAAAGUGAUACCCAGGCUAGUCAACACCUCGGUCCCUCUAGACGUGCUCAAUACCGUCGAACCAGAAAACUGGACCACCGCAGACGUCGCCAAGUUCCUCACUGUCAACGACUGUCAACCUUACUGCGUCAACUUCAGCCACAUCACUGGCCCCAUGAUGCUCCAACUGUCGAAAGACGAAAUCAUAGAACUACUAGAAAUGAAAGUCGGCCCCUCACUAAAAAUAUUCGACCUCAUACAACAACUGAAAUGCAAAAUCAAACAACCUCAAUGUAGAAUGUUAAGUAGCUUUAAGUAGUAACUAAUUAAUGCUACAUCACAGCAUGGUAUGGUAUCCAACGCGAUUCUUUUAGGAAUUGAUUUUUUAAAACGGUGGCCUUUAAAAUUCAGAUCUUUAAUCCUUGUACUUGUGGAUGUGCUCUGAAAUAGCUUGAAGAUAUAGCUUGAAGAUAUCGCAUGGUGUCAUUCUCUUACCCCGCCUACUUAUUGGUAUCUCUUUUUUUACUCAUAACCUUAACUCAUCAGUACAAAAUAUGUUAAUAACGGCCUCAUGUGUGGGUGACCUAAAGGACGUGAUUUUAGCUUUAUAAUAUUUAUUCUGUAAAGGUGCUCUCUCACUGAAUGCAUGUGUGUGUAAUGUACGAUUCGAUUAUAAGCUUUAUUUCAAAGCAUUACACUUAAAAUUGAAUCGUACAUUGCUAUCCGUGAGGGAACACCAUACUUACCCUGUGGAAGCAAUAAUUAUGUUAAUCAUGUUUUAUCCAUAACCAAUCGAAAGUAGCAAGAUUUAGCAUGGUGAUUCGACUUGCAACUUGCAAGGAAAUAAGUAAUUUUAUACUAGAUCUUCCCGACAAACAUUUGAAGAAAUUGUGGAGUCUAUUGAUUCCUACCUUCCAAAUAUCAGAACUGUAAUCACAAUCAAUAGAAACUAUUUUUACAUAAUAAGUAUUUUGAUGCAAAAUAGAGAACUCAAGGUACACUUUUCUUAUUCUUAGUUUUUUAUGUCUACUCGUUUUUCGUAGUUUUCAAUCAGUAUUAAAUUACUGUAAAGUUUUAAACGGCAACGCUUUUCGUAUUUUAUCACAAUUAUGUAUCUCAAAUGGAUUAAGUCUUCGAUUAGUUUCGUAUUUUCGUGAGUUUGGUGUUUUUAUUACUUUGUACUAUAUAUUUUUAUAAGCAGCAAAUACCAUAACUAAAUACACCAAAUAAGUACCUCCAAUCAUAGCAUAUUAUCGUGUCAAGUACGAUACAGAUCUGGCGGGCGUGCAAAGCGUAAUAGUUAGGGAGGCAAGGUAGCUAAAUGGCGUAAUUCAACGGCGCCGUCGAGACCUAUCAAAAUCGAAAGAUAAAAUAAUUUCGAAAAGAUAAGCUCGUAUGGCAAAAACCAUUUUAGCGGUGGGUUUGGCGUGUACGGUUUUUCAAAAAUGUUAAAAAAAAACAGUUACUUGGGCAUUCUCGAGCGCGUCAGAUAUUCAUACUAUGCCCCGAGUGCCUCUGAUAACAACGGUAUACUAAUCUGCCGGUUUGCGUGGUGGGGGUAGGCAUAUAAAGUAGUCAAAAAUGAAAAAAAAAAAUUUACUCGAGCGCGUCAGAUUUUCGGAAGGGGUGUUAAGUAGGCCCCAAGGAAGCUCCCUUUAAAAAAACUGACGAUUUCGGCGUGACGAUAAGAUACGACGAAAUUUAAACUCGAGCGCGUCAGAUUUUCAUAGGGGAGGUUUAUCUCGGUAUCCUGAAAGCAUAUUUUUUUAAUCUGACAAAUGUUGGUGGGUUCUCUUAAUCUGACCGAAAAAGGUUUUUUGGUUUCUUUUUUUUCCUUUCUUUCUCCUUGAUAAAAUGAGGAAUUUAAGAAUGUCAAUAAAGCGAUAGAUACAACCAACGUAAAUGUUUAUUUAAACUUUUUUUUUGUAAAAUGUAUCGUUCGCGACUUAUAUGCCGUAACGCGUUCUUAGGAAGACGAAAUGGCUUCUCCACACUUCCGGUCAUGCGGAAACCGGCAGAUUUUGUAUUUUUAGUAAGUUUUAGAUUAUAUUCUUCAAAAUAAAAAAUAAAAAAAUCGCGCUCGAGAAUGCCGGAUUAACGUUUUUUUUUACAAGUUCGCGACCCUAUAACUCGGCGGCGUCAAGGACUUAUCGUCAGAUUAGUUAAAUUUAGUCUUUAAACACUAAAAUCAACCCCCAAUAUCUUAAUCUGACGCGCUCGAGUAUUUCAGACUAUCCAUUUUUCGUCUAUCCUAGGCGCGCGUCACUACAUAUAGAGCUAAAUUCUUUACAAGGUUGUUCUAUUAGGUCUAAGGUAUCUCUCAUAUCUUAAACUGCCACGCUCGAGUAUUUUCGAAAAUUCCCCUAUUCGCCUCCCUAACUAUAAGAACCGUAAAGAAAAUUGUUCUUUUCAGUCAGUGGCGGCGUAGCAUGGGUUGGCACCCGGGGCCAUCCCCCCCCGUGUACUGUUUUCAGUAGGUAUCCAGUUAGUUAUAGCAGGCCUGUUCAUCUCCGCGAGUUUACAUCGAAAACAAAACACGCACGAUGGCCCCCUACAGGAGUACUAUACGACAAGGCCUCACAUCACCUCACGAACGAACAUUGACUCACGCACGCAUAUUCUUGUGUAUGAUGGAAAAAAAUAAAGAAAAUGGUGUAGGGUGGGUAGUCGAACAGUGAACCAACCAGAUACGCUGAACCACCGCCAUAUUUCAAAAAGUAUGACGUUGCCAGUUCCACCGAACGAGUCACUACGUGUCUCGUGGAUGCCCUUCCCCUCUCCCGUAGUGCGCCGGCGACUGUGGCUAAGGUGUGAAGUGUGGCUGCGAAUUCUUUGUUUCUCGACGACAAAAGAUAGUUUUUUUAGUUAUGCUUUACGAUUUUUGUAUAUUUUGCUAUUUAUAUUAAGUACGAAAUCUAUUUGGUAUCAAAAUUAUUGUAGUUUUAUCUGUAUAAUGAGCACAUUCCGUGAUGACCAUUCCGCGUACUUCUUAUUGUUUGUGAACUCAUAAGUUGAAUAGUGUAUGUUUUGAACAGUGAACCAGGUUUUCAAAGUACACAGUGAACCGGUUGACUGUUUUUUUAUUUAACCACCAAACGGUUGAUUAAUUACCUAAAGGCUUUAAGAGGCAAUUUUCAGUUAUUUUUGUUUAAAGAAGGAUUUUUCUUUUCAAUUGUGUCUUGUGUUAUUUUUGUUUUCUGUGAUUUUUUAAAUGAAGACUGUUUGUUUACCACCAAAAAGGUUGAUUAUUGAUAACUUGAAGGCUUUAUUAGACAAUGUUUAGUUAUUUUUGUUAAAAGAAGCAUUUUUCUUUUCAUUUGGGUUUUGUGUGAGUUUCGUUGUUAUUUUUGGAUUCUGUGAUUUUUUAUGAAGACUGUUUGUUGAAAUAAUCAUUUUUAUUUCCAUUUGAUUUUUGUGUUGUAA